UUUUAUUGUAUUCUUGUUUGUCAAACUAAUUCCGUAACCCUCGUUUCAAGGUUUCUUCUCUUCCUUGUGCAUGGGUUGUGGCGUUUCAAGGUUCGAUCUUCAAGAGGCUGGUCCGGGGUUCGACGGCAAGCCUAAACGAAACGUUUCGAAUUCCAAUAUCGAGUAUGACGCCACCCUUCCGUCGGAGCAGCUAAUGCAUGUAUAUGGCGGCAAAGAGGAAUCAUUACCGGAUCGUAGGGACAACAACGACCGUAGCUUGUCCGCAGGUGAUCCGAAAGAUCAGCUAGGAGGAUUCGACAGGAAAUUUAAAUCAACGGCGGAGGAGCGUGGUGGUGACAGUGGAGGGGAAGAAGCAAAUGGAUCAUUUUCUGAUAGGGAAGAUGAUAUCGCCUAUCCUGGAUCGCCAAGUUUCAGGGAUUACUGUGUCUAUGUAGAGCCAAAGGAUGAUAUCAAUGAAGGUAUGACUGAUGGAAAACGAGAGACCAACAAGGCAGAAACGGUGCAGGGAUCGGGAGCUGAGUCAAGGAGGAGAAGAAGAUUAUCGGGAAAAGGGUUAAUCAAGAGCGCCAUGCACAGGCCAGCUGGAUGGAUGCAGCGCAAAAGUAACUGAUUAACAAAAUUAUCUCUGUAAUCUCAACCCUCUGAAACUGACUGAUCUUAUUAAUUUGUAAAAGCAAAUCCUUGCUCUUCGUAUUUAUUUCCAUCAACUGUACUGUACGUUCCCCUCAGUUGUAAGCAUUAUUUUUUUUUAAUUUUGGAAUAUUACGUAAUCACAACGUCUGCA